AUGGCUCAGCUCAAAACUGCCUUCCUGGCCCUCGUCGCCCUCUUCGCAUCCUACGUCUUGGCUGUCUCUCCGCUGGUUGUUCAAGGGUCCGACUUCGUCAACAGUGUUGAUGGCACACGUUUCCAGAUCAUCGGUGUAGCCUAUCAGCCUGGUGGCUCUUCGGGUUUCAAUCCGGGCUCCGGCCUUGACCCGCUCAGCGAUGCUGAUAUCUGCCUCCGAGAUGCUGUGCUCAUGCAACGUCUGGGUGUCAACACUAUUCGCGUCUACAACCUCGAUCCGGACUUGGACCACUCUGCUUGUGCCUCCAUCUUCAACGCCGCCGGUAUCUACAUGAUCCUGGACGUCAACAGCCCCUUGCCCAACCAGUCCCUCAACCGCGGCGCACCCUGGGAAUCGUACACUUCAGCGUAUCUCGAGCGUGUCUUCGACGUCGUGGAAGCCUUCAUGCACUUCAACAACACCCUGGGGUUCUUCAGCGGGAAUGAGGUCAUCAACCAGGACUCGGUCCCAGAGGUGCCAUCCUACCUUCGGGCGGUCACCCGAGACCUCAAGGACUACAUCUCAGCGCAAGCACCACGACCGAUCCCUGUUGGUUAUUCUGCUGCCGAUGUCCGUCCAUUGCUCAUGGGCACUUUUAACUACUUGUCUUGCGGAUUGUCCAACGACACCAGCUCCAAGAUUGACUUCUUUGGCCUCAACUCCUAUUCUUGGUGUGGCAAUGCCACUUUCCAGUCUUCUGGAUACGACGUCCUGGUUGGAGACUUUAGCAAUACCACAAUCCCAGUCUUCUUCUCCGAGUAUGGGUGCAACCUGGUCACUCCACGAGUGUUUACCGAAGUGCCCGUGCUCUACUCCGAACAAAUGACGCCCGUCUUUUCUGGCGGUCUCAUCUAUGAGUACAGCGAGGAACCCAACAACUAUGGCCUGGUGAAUCUCAAUGCCAACGGAUCCGUGAGCAUUCUACAAGACUACGACAACCUUCGCCAACAGUACAAUGCGCUGGACGUCAACGCGCUCGAGAGAGCCAACGCUACGGCGACGUCGCUCACUCCUCCUGCGUGCGCAGCUGAUUUACUGGCUGGGUCAAACUUUAGCACCAGCUUCGAUCUGCCGGCUCGCCCAGACGGAGUCGACACCCUGAUCCAAAACGGUGUUUCCGGCAAGUUCCCAGCAGGCACCUCGUCUGUCACGAAUACCAAGCCUUCGCAGACUGUUUACGAUGUCGAUGGCCAAGUUCUCACCGGACUGCAACUUAACAUUCUGCCCAACGAUGAAAGUAACUUGCCGGGCAACAACACCAGCGGAAGCACGCCCAGCAGUACUCCAUCUUCGUCGUCGAGUGCCACCACGGCCGCUAGCUCGCCUACAAACACCAACGCCGCCUCAAAGGUGGACGACAUGAGAUUCGGAUCUCUUAUCUUGGGUGCAUUGACUGCUGGUAUAGUGAUGCAGUUGUGA